GCGAGGCCACAGACGGGUGCAUCUCGACGCCUAAAUCCGUGGCGACCUCGCCGCGAUCUCCACCGCCGGAGUUCGAGAUCUCGCCGCAGUCCCGCAUCUUCUCUGCGAUGAGGCCUCCUGCUGUUUCCGAAUGCCUUAGUCUAUCUUUGCUGGCCUUUGCCUUAUCUUCUUUGUUGUUUUAUGGGUUCUAUGGGGCGGUGGACGCAUGCAGCUGUCCAAGAAGGUGAUAGAUCUCGAUGAGCUGAGCAUGCUAGCGGCUCAAGGUGUACCGGACGGAGCCGGCGUCCGGUCGACGGUGUCGAAGCUGCUACUGGGCCAUCUGCCCAAUGACCGUUCUCUGUGGGCGCAGGAGAUGGCAAAGAAGAGAUCAGAGUAUGCACCUUUCAGAGACGAGUUCCCUAGCAACCCAGUGGAAAUAGUGCGGCAAGUGGAAUCAGAAGGCGACCACAAUGAAAAUGCAGAGCAUGCUGACAAUGGGUUGCUCCACAGGUCAGAGUACUCAGAGAUUAUGGAGCAGAUUGACCGUGAUGUAAAGCGCACCCACCCUGACAUGCAUUUCUUCUGUGGUGACUCAUCUUUUGCAAAGUCCAAUCAGGAAUCUCUAAAAAAUGUACUGUUAAUCUUUACCAAGCUGAAUGCUGGAAUAAGAUAUGUACAAGGCAUGAAUGGAAUUUCGGCAUCACUGUUCUUUGUAUUUUGGAGCGAUCCAGGUGAUAAGAAUGCUGCAUGGAGUUAAUCCUCAGUUCUAUGCAUUCAGGUGGAUAACUACUGCUGACCCAGGAGUUCAAUUUCGCCGAUACUAUUCAUAUAUGGGACACGCUAUUGAGUGAUCCUGAUGGUCCUCAGGAAACCUUGCUCAGAAUAUGCUGUGCAAUGCUGAUCCUUGUCCGGAAGCGUCUCCUGGCUGGCGAUUUCACGUCCAACCUCAAGCUCCUGCAGAACUACCCCCCAACGAACAUCGGCCACCUCUACGUCGCAAACAAGUUGCACUGAGCUGAGCUCUUGCGGCUGAAGCGCUGCUGUGUUUGUUCACUCAAAACUGUAACGCUGCAGCACAUCAUUGCAGCAGAACAGCUGCUGUUGCGAUGUUUUAUGUAUCAUUGCUGGUCCAUUAAUCUGACUCCCUGUCCUUCGUAACUUGUAAGAUCAUCUGCCGAUGAUAUCUUAACCAAGUUGGCAUGAAGUAGUAGUAUCCAGCUUCCCUGUUGCCCAAGCAACAAUGUUGUGCUCACACAUACCAGUUUACAUGUGCAGCCAGCAACAAUCACGCAGAAACUUUAGGUAGUGUUUGGUUGGAGGAAAGGCGGGAUAGGAUGAUCCUAUCUAUAUAUAUUAAAUAUGUAAUGACUCAAAAUGCUUGUUUGAUGAGAGAUGAAAAAAGCUUAUUUUAGGAUGUCA